AUGGCUCUUUUCAGUGCCUUUUUAACUGGACCAGGUAAUCUUGCACGAGGUGCUGUCGAAUUUGGGCCGCUUCCGGAUGAGCUUGUAAAGCAUGUUGAUGAUGAGAAAGCAGGCGAGCACUUGAAGGAUCUUUGGAAAAUGAUUGAAGAAGAUGAGGAGCGGACUGAAGGGUAUGAGCCUUUCGAGCAAUGA